AUGGCACAGCUGAUGCAAGGCGACAUUACCAAUUGGAUGAACGAAACCACCGGUGCAUUGAAUUCAAGCGGCCUCGUGGCUAACAUGAAGGAGAAAGCGGGGAUGUUCUAUGUUGGCUAUCCAAUCUCAUGGGAAUGGCUUGCUACAAAUAUUCGGAUCGGCCAAAAUUACUUAGUCGAAAACACAACCCUUGGAAUUCCAGCGCUGGUCCAGACUGAAGGCAUUCAUGGGUUCCUGAUAGGGAAUGCCACCAUUUUCAACUCUCCCAUUGGCUAUGGAUCAUCAUGGAAUCGAGAUCUGGUACGAAAAAUGGGCGAAGUAAUCGGCCAAGAAGCUCGUGCCCUAGGCGUAACACAGAUUUUUGCUCCUCUUGCAGAUCUAGCUCGUGAAUUGCGCUAUGGUCGAGUUGAAGAAACAAAUUCCGAAGACCCGUUUCUUGCAGGAGAAAUUGCCUACCACUAUAUUAAAGGCCUGCAGAGCAAAAAUGUCUCCGCCACAGUUAAGCAUUACAUGGCUUACAGCAACCCUGAGCAAGGAGUGAACACGAGCCCGGGCAAAAAAAGAUGGCAACCCUCCUACAAGCGAGCAAUUAUUGAUGCAGGAGCGUGGAGUAUUAUGAGUGCUUAUCACUGCUAUGACGGUAUCCCUGCCAUAGCUGAUUACCAUACGCUUACAUCCAUGCUUCGAGACGAAUGGGGAUACGAUUACUGGGUCAUCAGCGAUGCUGGUGCAACUGACAGAAUAUGCACUGCGUUUAACAUGUGCCAGGACUCACCAAUUGAUUCUGAAUACAUCACCUUGGCUACUCUUCCAGCUGGAAAUGAUGUAGAAAUGGGUGGCGGGUCAUUGACAAUUCCGGCAUUAGUAGAAUCAGGGAAACUUAACAACAGCACCCUUGAUACUGCAGUCUCGAGACUACUACGGGCCAAGUUCGAGAUGGGCCUUUUUGAAAAUCCAUAUCCAGGUGCUCCCCCGGACCAAUGGAGUAACCUCAUUCACACGCCGGAAAAUUUGCAGGUUGCAAGGGAUCUGGACCGUGAAUCGAUUGUCCUCCUCGAGAAUCAUAACAAUACCCUUCCGUUGAAGAAGAGCGGAAGCAUCGCGGUAAUCGGCCCAAUGGCUCAUGGCUACAUGAACUACGGAGACUACGUUGUGUACGAAAGUCAGUGGCGGGGAGUCACGCCUCUUGAUGGGAUUAAAGCAGCAGUUGGAGACAAAGCUACUAUCCACUACACUCAAGGCUGCGAGCGCUGGAGUAAUGACGAGUCUGGAUUCGAAGAAGCAAUUGAAGCGGCGAAGAAAUCAGAUGUAGCCGUUGUCGUAGUAGGCACAUGGUCCAGAGAUCAAAAACAGCUCUGGGAAGGGCUCAAUGCAACCACUGGCGAACAUGUUGACUUAGACAACCUCAAUAUGGUUGGCGCUCAGGGACCACUAGUCAAGGCUAUCGCAGACACUGGCGUCCCAACUGUUGUUGUUUUCUCCUCCGGCAAGCCUGUUACAGACACAUGGAUCGCAAAUUCAACAGCUGCCCUGCUUCAACAAUUCUACCCAUCAGAAGAAGGCGGCAACGCUCUGGCUGAUGUCCUCUUCGGUGACUAUAACCCGUCGGGAAAGCUUUCAGUCAGCUUUCCGCGUUCGGUGGGAGACCUGCCCAUCUAUUACGACUACCUCAAUUCAGCCCGAUCAAUCACAGACUCUGGUUGGGUGACCGAGAACAGCACGAUUGUUUUUGGGCAUCAAUAUGUUAUCGGUGCGCCUCUGCCGUGGUAUGAGUUUGGCUAUGGGAAAAGCUAUUCGACGUUCAACUAUGGGAUCGUGAAGCUGGACAAAACUAACGCAACGUCCACGGACACAAUCACCGUCAGCGUGGACGUAACUAAUGAGGAUUGGUCCCGUAACGCAACUGAAGUCAUUCAGGUGUAUGUGGUCGACCGUUAUGCCUCUGUGGUCGUGCCCAACAGACAGUUAAAAGGAUUUGACAAGGUUGUUUUUGGUCCCGGCGAAACACUGACUGUACAGAUCCCAUUGAACGUUAGCGAUCUAGGGCUUUGGAAUGUCAACAUGCAGUACGUUGUUGAACCAGGCGCGUUCGAUGUCCUGGUCGGAAGCAGUUCUCAGGAUAUCAGGGGAAAUGCAACAUUUUACGUGUCGUGA